CUAUACUAAGUAGUUGGCUAAUGUCUGGUUAGCCUGUUAGCACCAAACACAGACAACAUCUGUACGUGUAGAGGUGGUUCACUGUCUGAACAAUGGCCAAAAGAAGAGAUCUGUCUAACAUGGUGAUUGCUUGUCAUUGGGCCUCUUGUACAUUUAAUGGACAAAGCAUGGAGGAACUUGGUGACCACAUUUCUGUGCAUUUAAAGGAGCAUCUUAAUGAUGGUGAUGCCAUGGAAGAGCUUGAUGACUAUCCAUGUUUGUGGCAGGGCUGUGAGUUUUUGGCUAUGGGAAGCCCUAACGAGCUUGUCGCCCAUGCACACUUCCAUAUCUUUCACAGCAAACUGAAAUAUAUUGGGACUCAACUGCUGCAGUCUCACCCUGAACUGCCCAGCUGCACUCAGGAUCUGCACAGCAACAACCUGGUCACUGACAUUUCUGAGGGCUUUGUGUGCCAGUGGGAACACUGUGAUAGUUCUUUUAAUAAUCCUGAGUGGUUCUAUCGCCAUGUUGACAUGCAUGCACACUGUACUGAGUUACAACCACUUCCUGAUCAACAACAGGCUCUUUUCUGCUCCUGGAAGGGCUGUGAUGCUUUCUUUAAGAUCAAGUAUCGUCUGCGGGAGCACCUGCGCAGUCACACUCAGGAGCGCCUGGUGGCUUGUCCUACCUGCGGCUGCAUGUUCUCCAGCAACACCAAGUUCUUCGAUCACAUUCAAAGACAGGCUGAGCCUGAGGAUUCUCUCACGUGUGACCAUUGUGACAAGGGCUUUGCUAAUGAGAGACUGCUCAGAGACCAUGUUCGGCAGCAUGUGAAUCACAUCAAGUGUCCACUCUGUGACAUGACCUGCACCUCCCUGUCCACACUUAAGAUCCACAUCAAGUUCCGCCACUGUGACGAGCGCCCGUUCCCCUGUGACUUCUGCGAGAGCAGCUUCAAGAACCAGCAUGAUCUGCGAAAGCACAUGGAGACCCAUAACGAAGGGGCAGCUUACCACUGCACGGAGGAGGGCUGUGGGUACUCGUCACGCAUGGCGCACACCAUGAAGCAGCACUUCAAGAGAGUACAUCAGGGGAACAUGGUGUCGAGGUAUAAAUGUCAUCUUUGUGACAAGAAUUUUUCAUGGUGUUACACCCUGACCCUUCACCUGCGCAAAAAACAUCAGCUCAAAUGGCCGUCUGGACACUCACGAUUUAGAUAUAAAGAGGAUGAGGACGGCUACCUGAGACUGAACAUGGUUCGUUUCGAGACUGUGGAGGUUACGCAAGAGCUGAUCAAGAACAUGGCAGAAAAGCGAACCCCACGCAAACUAUCUGGCUCCAGCACUCAGUAUAAAAGGCCAGCAAUGCAGCAAGAGAGCAGCAGUGAUACACACCCUUCAUACCUCUCCUCUUCAUCCUCCUCUUCCUCGUCCGUGGCUGAGCUGGUGAACGAGGACAACGUUAAUGGUGCUGUAAGGCAGGACGGAGAUCCUGUGUACUGUGUACUGAGCACGGUGACUGAGCUGCACGGUGAUGUGGAGAACACUGCGCGGUCAGGUGUGGAGUCCGGAGCCGUGAAAGCUCUGGCGGCUGUAGCUCGAGGACUGGGGAUGAAUGUAGUGUGAGGUGUAGUUACACAAGACUCGAACACUUGAUCCAGCAUCGGCAUGCUGUGUCUGGUUUACAUGAGGCCUCAUAAGAGCCGCAGGUUCAGAAAUGCAGUUUUAGCAGGUUUCUUAGUUUGAGUUUUGAAAGGAUUUUAGGCAUUUUUAGUAGUUUUAACAAAUACCAACCUUUUAAAUGUUAUAAUUAAUAUCUGUAAUCACUCGUCUCUGUUUUAGAGAGAUCAGUUGUUUGAUCAGAACUGUUUACAGUGAGGAACGAUUUCAGUCUAAACCACUAAACAUUCCCUCAGAUUUUGUCAGCAAGAAUGUUUUUCCUGCUUUUUAAAAUAUAUAGAUAAUUUUUUUAUUAUUAGGGCUGUCAAAUUCACUUUGUAAUUACUGUAACUGCAUAACAAAAUUGACACAUCACUAUAUUCUGUUUCAAUGCUUGAUAUGCUGUAAUUAUUUCCCACCUGAAUUCCUAAAAAUUCCUAAUCAGCAGGUAAUUCAGCUUCACUUUUACUGCUGUAAUAUUCGACGUAUGUCUGAGUGUGAUCACUGUGCAGCUGUAACUUCAUUUUUAUAAUAAAACGUGUUUUUAUUCAUCUGAAGCCGGUCUUAA